AUGGAGGAGAGCGCCACGGACCAGGCAGCGAAGUUGGACAAGCUCCAAGAUGAGGUGGAAGCCAAGAAAAGAGAACUUGCGGCCCUCACCCAGGAGGUCGAAGAGGCCAAGGACGAGGUCCACCGCCUCAAGCAGGACGCCGAGGCUGCGGCCCAGGAAGCUGCAGACGCCGAGGCUGCAGCAACAGAAAAGGAAGAGCUUGCAGCAGCUGCCAAAGCAAAGGGCGAGGAAAAUGCAGCGGCACUUGCCGAGUUCGACAAGAAGUACGGUAUGGGGCCGGAAGAGGCCCCAGUGAACGAGACUCAUGAAGCCGAGAAGGCUGCAGAAGCUCCGGCAAAAGAGGGCGAGAAUGCGGAGGAAGGCUCAGAAGAUUCCUACGAUGAGAGCGAGGAGGAAGAGGAAGAAGUCGACGAGAGUGCCUCCGAGAGCGAAGGCAAAGCGAAGCCUCGAGCCGGAGCGGCGAAUGCCGCGCCGCGGCGCGCGUGGCCCGCCGCCCCCGAGCGCCCCCCGGAGCGAGAUCGGGGAAAUCACGCUUACAGAGAGCGAGAAGCAGAGGGAAGGCCGGGACGGGGAGAAGGACGGGACCCCAGAGAUGCUCGCGACGGGCGAGGACGGGAAGGACGGGACCGAGAGAGGGAUCACCGAGACAUGCGUGAUGCCAGAGAUGGGCGAGAAGCCCGAGACACCAGAGACGGUCGCGACCGCGGCGACCGCGACGGCCGCGACGGCCGCGAUGGCCGCGACGGCCGCGAUGGCCGCGAUGGGCGUGAUGACCGAAAUGGCCGCGAUGGCCGUGAUGGUCGUGACGGCCGAGACGGUCGGGACCCUCGGGACGGCAGGGAGCGAGAGGCACGAGACGGGCGAGAUGGCCGUGAUGGGUGGCGAGAAGUGCGGGGGCCGCGCGAGCGCCGGAGAUGA